CAGCCCGGGCGAACGCGGCCGGGCACUGGGGACAGAGUCUCGGCGCCGCCGGGGACCGGGCGCGGGCCGCGCCGCCGCCGGAGCGGGGCUGGGCCCCGCCGCUCCUCCUUCCGCCGGCCAUGCAUUCUUCCGGCUCCUCUGGCUCCCGCUGCCCCGGUCGGGGCCGGGCCAGCCCGAGGCAGCCGCAAGGGGAGUAGGGCGUCCGCGCGCCCGCUCGCGCCGCGCCUCGGCCGCCGCCGCCAAGUCCAUGACCGCGACCCCUCGGCUGGGGACACCCGCCGCCGCCGCCGCCGCCGCCGCCGCCGCGCAGCACCGCGCCCCGGGCCGCCAACCCCCGGCCCCGCCGACCCCCGCGCUCCACCGCCGGCCGCCCGCGCCCGCCGAGAAAGACAGGACAGUGUCCAAUGUGAGAAUGGCUGUGACUUUGGAAGAAGCUCCGUGGCUGGGCUGGAUCUUGGUGAAAGCCCUGAUGAGGUUUGCCUUCAUGGUCGCCAACAACCUGGUUGCUAUUUCAUCCUACGUCUGCUAUAUAAUUGUGCUUCAGCCCCUUCGACUGCUGAACAGUAAGCGGUUCUGGUAUAUUGAAGGAAUCAUGUACAAAUGGCUUUUAGGAAUGGUGGCUUCUUGGGGAUGGUAUGCCGGAUAUACAGUGAUGGAAUGGGGGGAAGAUAUUAAAGCAGUUUCAAAAGAUGAAGCGGUAAUGUUGGUGAAUCAUCAGGCAACAGGAGAUGUGUGUACUCUGAUGAUGUGCCUGCAGGACAAAGGACUGGUUGUUGCUCAGAUGAUGUGGUUGAUGGAUCAUAUUUUUAAGUACACAAACUUUGGAAUAGUUUCUCUAAUUCACGGAGACUUCUUCAUAAGACAGGGAAAAUCUCAUCGUGACCAACAGCUUCUUCUUCUCAAGAAGCACCUAGAAAAUAAUUACAGGAGCAGAGAUCGAAAAUGGAUUGUUCUGUUUCCAGAAGGGGGUUUCCUCAGGAAGAGGCGAGAAACCAGUCAAGCAUUUGCCAAGAAAAAUAGCUUGCCAUUCCUUACACAUGUCACUUUGCCAAGGAUUGGGGCAACAAAAAUUAUUUUGAGUGCACUUGUAGCACGACAGGAAAAUGGAAGUCCAGCAGGAGGAGAUGCCAAGGAAUUAGACAGCAAAUCAGAAGGCCUCCAGUGGAUAAUAGAUACAACCAUAGCUUAUCCCAAAGCUGAACCCAUAGAUAUUCAAACCUGGAUCCUUGGAUACAGGAAACCAGUAGUCACACAUGUACAUUACAGGAUCUUUCCAAUUAAAGAUGUACCCCUGGAGACUGAUGACCUUGCUGACUGGCUCUAUCAGCGUUUUAUUGAAAAAGAGGACCUCUUAUCGCAUUUUUAUGAGACAGGGGCUUUUCCACCUCCCAAUGGCCAUAAGGAAGCUGUUUCCAGGGAGAUGACCCUCAGCAAUAUGUGGCUAUUUCUCAUCCAGUCUUUUGCAUUUUUGUCAGGCUACAUGUGGUACAACAUCUUUCAGUAUUUUUACCAUUGCCUGUUUUAGGAAUUGACUUGGACUUGUCAAGGUCACCAUAGGAGCUUGGACUUUCAUAAGCGUGCAUUAUUUUACAUGUGCAAAUCAGAA